AUGUCCCUGGGGGACUUUCUGGGCGACCAAUCACUUGGAUCAUGGGCUGAUGAGAUGGAGGAUACGCCCAUCGGCGGCGGCGGCAGCUACGGAGGAGAAAGGCGCACUUUUGGUGCUGGCGGCGGCGGCGGAUUCGGUUCCGACCGUGGCGCAGGCGGUGGUAGCGACCGCCUCGGAGGCUACGCUGUGCGCGAGGAACUUCCCCUCCCUUCCAAGCCCCCGUAUACGGCCCAUCUGGGCAACCUCUCCUUCGAUGCUACCGAGGGUGAUGUCAACGACUUCUUCGCCGAUUGCGAGGUCACCAAUGUUCGCAUUGUGGAAGACAAGCUCGAGCGAAAGCCGAAAGGCUUCGGAUACGCUGAAUUUGGCAGUGUUGAGGGCUUGAAGAAGGCACUUGACUUGUCUGGCUCGCAGUUCCAGGGUAGAAAUAUUCGAGUUAGCGUUGCUGAACCUCCCAAGGACCGCCCCGAACAAAAGGACAUGUCUGACUGGACUCGAAGGGGUCCUCUGCCCGAUCUUCCCGGUCAGCAGCGUCGCCCGUCUGACCGUGGCUUUGGGAACCGCCAGUUCGACGAGCGUGACGAUGGAGGUGGUGAGCGUAGACGCGCUCCUCCGUUCAGCAGCGAUGGCAAAGAGCGCGACUUUGGCAACUGGGAGCGCAAGGGCCCGCUAUCGCCUGUUCCCGGGGCGGGUCCACCGAGAGAAGGCCGCGUGCGCAGCAACGACGGCCCUCGCGAGCGACGACAAUCUCCAGCCUGGGGUGAAGGACGCUCCAACGAUGGUUCUCGGCCCCCGCGUCGCGAAUUCUCAGAGCGACCUCAAUACGACCGCCAGCCCACUGCGCCUGAAAUGGACAACCAGUGGCGAUCCAAGAUGCGUCCGGACGCUCCAGUCAAGUCGCCUACAGCCACACCUGAUGCUAGCGUACCAUCAUCUCCCGCGCCCCAAUCUGCCGCACCAGCAACUCGCCCCAGGCUUAACCUCGCCAAGCGAACCGUCUCCGAAGCGCCUGAGACUCCUGUGGCUGCCACCCAGUCUGACUCCAAAGCCAACCCAUUUGGCGCUGCUAAGCCCAUUGACACCGCCGCCCGCGAGCGUGAGAUUGAAGAGAAGAGACAAUUGGCUAUUCGCCAGAAGAAGGAGGCUGAUGACAAGGCUCGCGAGGAGAGGAAGGCCAAAGAGUCCGCCGAGAAGACUGUUUCGUCUCCAAAAGCUGAGGCGCCAUCCGCACCUACAACAGAAAAGAACGAGAACGGAAACGAGGAUAAGCCGCGUGCCAACUUCGAAAUUCUCCAACGUUCAGAAGGGGAAGGUGAUGUGCCUCCAGAGGUUGAAACUGCCGAGACACCUGAGAACGGUGAUAUUGUUGAGGACAAGAAUGUAAAGCCAAAGGAAGUUGUACGUGACCCAAAGCUUGACAACACCUGGAGACGAAAGUCCAGCACACCUGCGGCAUCUACCCCUACCACCACGGAGACCAUGGACGACGAUGGCUGGAGUACCGUCACAAAGCCUGCGAAGAACGCGAGGGGUGGCAAAGGACGUGGUGGCCCAACUCGCGCCAUUGCGUCCUAG